GCAACCCUUCCCAGAACCCGCCCAAAACCCGCCCAACAGGGACACUCCGGGGGAAGAAAAUAAAGAGGAGGAGGAAGGACGGAGAGAUAAGGGCCAUUUUUUCCCUCCACCAUGUCUCUCCAGGCCCAUGAGCAGGUGGUCUUGCAGGCGGUGGCUAACAGGUACCAGAAUGCGGACAAGACCAAGUUGGAUGUCAUGACAGCGCUACACAACUACCGAGGCCUCGUCCCCAAGCUGGACAAGUUCGUGUUCCGCAGUGGCACUUCACGCUACUUACUGUGUCUCGACGGCACAAUACCCGUUACAUAUAAAGGGUCAGUAUACAACAUCCCCGUCUGCAUCUGGCUCCUCGACAACCACCCAUUCUCCCCUCCGAUGGUGUACGUCAAGCCAACCCCAGACAUGCUCAUCAAAGCCUCGCGUCAUGUCGACCAGAAUGGCAAAGUCUUCCUGCCUUACCUGCAUGAGUGGAACCUGAACUCCUCGGACCUGGUCGGCCUCAUCCAGAUCAUGAUUAUGGUGUUUAACGAGAUGCCGCCGGUGUACUCCAAGCCCAAGAAUGUGACCACGUCCUCCACCCCCUACCCCAGCGCCUUCCCCCCCAGCAUGCCGGCUUACAUGCCCAUGCCAGGUGUGGGCUCCAACCUCCCCUACCCAACACAACCCCCAGCCACCACAGGAUACCCUGCAUACCCCACACAGCAAGGCUACCCCCCCACCAGCACCCCUUACCCAGUUUACCCACCCACCAGCACUGCCGCAGCCCACCCCACCAUGCCUCAAAUGGGCGGUGCGUACCCUCCGCCCUACGCUGCUACCGGGAUGCCCUAUACCCCAUACCCGCCGGCGACUUCUAACCCGUCCACACAGACAUCCGCCACCGAGACCAACACGACGUCAGCCACCAGCACGGGGACGAUCACUGAGGAGCACAUCCGCGCGUCGCUGAUCUCCGCCGUGAGCGACCGGGUCCGCGCCAAGCUCCGCGACAGCUACGGGGGGUGCCAGGCGGAGGUCUCGGUCUUGCGGCAACAGCAGUCCGACCUGAACGAAGGGAAGACCAAGCUGGAGGGACUAAUUAACAAGCUGGAUCUAGAGCAGACCGAGUUGGACAAGAAUGUGAGGAUCUUGAGGGAGCGAGAGGCGGAGAUGAAGGCUGUCGUUGCGCGUCUCUCAUCCGCCACCGACCCCCUGGAUGUGGAUGAGGCCGUGACCACAACCGCACCCUUGUAUAAACAACUCCUGAACGCCUACGCAGAGGACCAAGCCACCCAGGACGCCAUUUACUACCUCGGGGAAGCACUGCGCCGGGACGUGAUCGACCUGGACUGUUUCCUGAAGCACGUCCGCUCCCUCUCUCGGAAACAGUUUCAGCUGCGCGCGACCAUGAUCAAGUGUAGGGCCAAGGGAAACAUGGCAGGAUAAGGGAGGAUGACGGUAGCUUGUUCUCUUAUGUGUGUGUGUGUUUGUGUGUGUGUGGGUGGGUGUAUGUAUGUGUGUGUGUGUGUGUGUGUGUGUGUGUGUGUUGCCUCUCUCUCCCUCUCUCUGUUUCUCUUUCUCUGUUUCAUUUUCUAUCUCAUUUUUUCUCACUCUCUCUCUCCAUCUCUUCUUCUUCUCUCUUUCUUAUCCCCAACGUUCUCUGUCUUUCCAUUUUCUCUUUCACAUAUUUUCUCUUCUCUCUCAUUCUCUCUUCUUCUCUUUCCCUCACUCUUUCUUUCUUAUCCUCAAUGUUCUGUCUCUCUGUUUUCUCUUUCUCAUCUCUCUCACAUUCCUUCUCCUCAUCUUCCUCUCUCUCAUCCUCAGCUCCAUCCCCACGAGCGGAUGUCCGAGUGGAACGGUUGACAUGAAUCCGAUAAUCAGUCUACUUUUUCUUCUACACGCCACACAGUUAAUAAUUUCCGUUCCUAUAUGUGUCUCUGUUGCGCCGACUAAACGAAACUUUCCAACUAUAUGUGUCGCCUUAGGGUUGGGUCAUUCACAUAUACAUUGGAUUACUAUACCUGUUUCCUUUCGUUCAAUACUCAACCCUUGCAAUCCACUCCUACAUAGAUUUUCCAUAAGUGAUUUGAACCCGCCUUCACGCAUGUUAUUGUUCUUAUUAUUAUCGUUUUCCGCAUGUCAAGGACGGUCAUGUACACUUAUUUUUUCUUGCUAAGUGAAGCCGUUUGUGUGUUUGUUAUGAUAGGUGUCACAGCUUGAGUUAAGAGUAUUCUACGUAAUCAUUUGAGUCGAUAAGUAAAUCCUAGGUCACGUAUCUUAGUUCGCUGGCUGCCACUCUGCCACCAUUCAGUCAGGUAAAGCCCCGUUCACUGUGGCGACUCUGGGCCAUGACACCCCAGCGACUCCGAGUACACGAGGUCUUGGGCGUGAAACGUUGAUGUGAAAGGGUUGCACAUGGGGGGAAAGAGGACCAGAAACGAUCGGCGGAUGCUGAGUUGACACAGUUUGAAGAGGGGCUAAAUGUCGCUGGGUUGUCGGUACAGUGCGAACGGGCGUAAGUUGAUAUGUAACCCUGUAUUUUUUUUUUUUUUUUUUUUUUUUUUGCCUAUUGCACCUAGUGUGUGUAUUAUAGUCAGUGCAAUUAAGGAACCAUUAAUCGACAGAUCCUCUCCUAUAGCCUCCAUUAUGUAGCCCCUGUACGCUCUCAAGCCCCGCAAGGAAUAUUUUUAUGCGUUGGUUUAAGAUUUCCCGUUAAGUGAUCACAAAUGUCAUAUAUACACACACGCCUGUAUAAAUAUAUAUUGUACCUAUACUCUGCAUCUUAUUUUGCAGGCUCGGGUGGCAGUCUGUCGUGUUAUGAUCACUACUUUUUAUUUUUUAGUGUGUGUGUGUGUGCUAUUAUUAUCCAGUGUUCUGUGUAUGGGUUGUCUCAUGUUGCUUAUAUUUGUGUUGUCUUCUUACGAUUUAUAUUUUUAAUCAAGCUGGUUUUUUAUUUUUUUUAUUCACACCGAGAUAUCCGUUGCCUACACGAUUCACCGCUCGCCACAGAGUCAUCUCAUUCAAACCGCUUAGCCCGUGAGUCAUGCCAAAGCGUUCCCGGUCACCGCCAUCCCUGCAUUUCGUGUCCGGUGCAAGAAUUUCCCUUCGGUGGUGUCGUGCCGUCAACCAUCCUUCAUUUGAUCGUUCCUGAGUGUGUUUCAGCGUGCACAUACAACGAAAACUUCCCUUGGGUAGUGCCGUGCAUCUAACCUUCCCUCGAGUGACCAUUCCUGAGUGUUUGUGAUGAUUUCCUUUUGGUAUUUCCCGCUUGUGUUUCCGAGAGUGUGUUGAUGGCAGUGACUUCCCUUUGGUAGUGUCGUGCAUCUUACCUUACCCCCUGUGAGUGUGUUUAGAAGUGUGUUGAUGGCAGUGAUUUCCCUUCAGUAGCGUCGCACAUCUAACCUUCCCCCUUUGUGACUGUUUGCGAGUGUGUGCUGAUGGCAAUGAUAUCCCUAAGGCAGUGUCACACAUGUAAUCCCCCCCCCCCUGUGUGACUGUUUACGAGUGUGUUUACAAGCGUGUUGACGGCAGUGACUUCCCUACAGCAGUGUCGCGCGUUUACAUUUACGUAAUCCCCCCCUUGUGUGACUGUUUCCAAGUGUGUUUACAAGCAGUGAUUUCCCUACGGGGGUGUCGCGCAUUUACAUUUACGUAAUCCCCCCCUUGUGUGACUGUUUGUGAGUGUGUUGACGGCAAUGAUUUCCCUACGGUGGUGUCGCGCAUGUAAUCCCCCCCUGUGUGACUUUACGAGUGUGUUGAUGCGGCAGUGAUUUCCCUACGGUGGUGUCGCAUAUGUAAUCCCUCCCCUUGUGUGACUGUUUCCGAGUGCGUUGAUGGUGAGUCCGCAGCGUCGUGUGACUGUAAAUAUGCACAUAACUAUAUAUACAAAGCCUAUAGUGUAUACCAGGAUAGUCAGUACUAGAAGCAGAGAUCAUUAAGGGGAUAUUUAGUCACAGUCUCGCUCUCUCUGAUAGACGAUGUAGAGUUACCGAAAACCUCUUUACCCUGUUCUCUAUACGUAAUACUUAAAGGAAUUACGUCAACUAUAUUAAAGAGAGAGGUGAGCUUCAGUACGACAAUUAUUAGCGAUGACAACACAACAAGAAAACGAUACCUCUCUUUACCCUGUUCUCCAUACGUAAUACUUAAAGGAAUUACGUCAAGUAUAUUAAAGAGAGAGGUGAGCUUCAGUAAGGAUUAUUAGCGAUGACAACACAACAAGAAAACAGUGCCUCUCUUUACCCUGUUCUCUAUACGUAAUACUUAAAGGAAUUACGUCAACUAUAUUAAAGAGAGAGGUAAGCUUCAGUAAGACGAUUAUCAGCGAUGACAACACAACAAGAAAAGCCGAAAGUGGGGAAAUAUCGUAAUGAAAAGUAAGAAUAUUUAAAAAGUAAGACGUAAAGUGAUUAUGGAGGAUGGCAAUAGGUGGAGUCAGGAGGAAAGUGAAGUAAAAAGUAAGGUAUAAAUAUGUUAAGUAAAAGUAAGGAAAUGAAACUGUACAUCUUAUCCGUAAUUAUGAGUUUCGUGAUGUAAUUCGUAACGUGUGUAUUACGAGAGAGGAGUGGGAUGCUUAUUUUAUUAUUAUUAUUAUUAUUAUUGUUAUUAUUUUUUUUUUACAGUAAAGGAAACAACUCAAGGGCCAUAAAAACAAAAACGAUCAUGAAAAGCAAAGCCCAUAUAUCACUUAUCCCAUAAAAGAGAGUUAA